UUUGCUAACAGAAAAGCGACCGGAAGAAUUCUCGCGCCUGUUUUCAUCCGCAGGUAUACGAUUUUGUCUAGGACACGAGGAACAAAAGAAGAAGAAUCGAAAUGAGUAGCGAAGAGGACGGGGCGCGUGGGAGUCGAGCUGUGAUCACGCAGCUCAACGAAGAGGACGUUACAGAGAGCAUCGUAUCAUUAGCUAGUCAGCUAGACCCAAUAGAAGAAAUGAUGCUAAAGUGUGCACCGUUCAUCGAUGAAUCAGAUGCAACAACGAUGUUAAACGCACUUUACAACAUCCAAGAACAGCUCAAAGCGGUUGAUCAAUUGCGCGCAAACACUUCGGGCCAGCCUCCUGCUGAAACGUUGCGGCCCGCUGAUGCUGCGGAAUCUAUCGGAAGGAGCAUGUCUGCACAACCGGCACCACAAGAGGUGGCAAACGCUUCCGCCGACAUUCAAGAACCGGGCACAUCAAGAUCAAACAUUCCCACCUCGGCGGAGCCAAAUUCGAAUCGCCCAAGCGGCGGCGGCAACACAAGCGCUCCCGUAGAAAAGGAAAUGUUUGUUCGCCAACGGGAUGGUACGUAUUGCCGUAUAACAGUACCUGCGCAAAAUCAACCGCAGCAUCCCAAUGCAAACGCUCCAGCAAAUACACUAGUCGGCGGAAGAGAACGAAAGUUCAAUGCACCCAAGCCGUCGACCAGUCAGAAUCCGGUGCAACUGCGACGUACUGCUGUAUGGGUUGCUGAACGCGAAUUGCAUGCCAGCAUGCCGAGUUUAACGCGAGAAGAGUUGCCUGCUAAAUUACUGGAGCUGAGCAAGCAGCUGUGCGACAUGCAGCUUGGCAGCGACCCGUGGGAGCGUUGGCCGGUCAUGCAGAAAUUGCGAUAUGAGUUUUUCACGGUGCUGCAGGAUAGUAUGGCUCGCAAAAUGAACUUUGUUCAGGAAUCCAACAUAGAAAACACCUUUUGGCGCGACCAUUGCCACACGAUUGUGGGUCGUAUUCGCAACCAACUGAAAACGGCAAGGAACACCAAAGAGGAAACCCGACUGCUCAAUUUCCUUUGCGUGUUCAUCGAAGAGAGCCGUGAUUGGUUUUUAAGAUUGUUGAAGGAGCUGCAGAUAAAAUACUCCUUCCUUAUACUCAACUUCAUUGGCAAAAAUGCCGCCUCUAACACCAGCGGACUGAAGUACGGUUUGGCGCUGGUGUCGGCACAAAAGCUGUGCCUCUUCAUAGGAGAUCUCGGCCGCUAUCAGCUGGAGCUGAAAGACGCGAGUCCAGCUGGAUGCAAGAUCAAAAUGGUAGGCGGAGAAUACGGCUAUUGUAAGCGUUGGUACGAAAUGGCCCGAGAUAUCAUACCAAAGAACGCUCGGCCGUACAAUCAACUGGCGCUGUUGGCCAUUCGCGACCGCAAGUUUUUUGAAGCCGUCUACCUGUACAGCCGGUGCCUGAUGGCCUCCAAUCCGUACCAGAGUGCUUGGGAAGGUCUGCUAGACCUCUUUGACACCGCCCGAAAGAAGUUCGAGACUACUCGUGCCGAGGAUGAAGCGGCACUUAAGAAGUUGUUGCAGGAAAGCGAAGCCAAUGAUCAACCGAAAUUCGAUUGGACGGUAUGCCGGGAGGUAUGGAUUCAUCCGGCGGAUCAAACGCGUAUGCAACGCCAGUUACCGGCGGCUCCACAGCCGGCCCCUAACCGAUCGGAGAUGGCGGAUGUCCUUUUGGCGUCGCUGCCCACAUCAAAGCUUGAGCAGCAGUUCUACUAUUCCUUCGUGCACAUGGUGGGCAUGAUUGCCACCAAAACGGGGAUGGAGGUGUUCAGCCAAUGUGCCGAACAGGUGCUUCGCGAGUUCCGGUUGCUGCUCACGACCAUGUUUAAGUCAGAAACGCGACUUCUGGAGUUGAGCGCGCUGCUGAUGUUUGCAAUGGAGAAGGCGAAACACUUGACUCAAGACGACGGUGCUGCUGGCGGAGGGAAACGAUUGACGAGCCUGUCGGAGCUGCAGCUGCGAGCCAUUUCGGUGAUGCAACCCUUCCUCGGGUUGAUAAUCGAGCGGAUCCUUCAGGUUGCUACCCUGGGGGUAACCGAUUGGUGGAUGGCAAAGGGCUCGCUGCAGCAGCAGGAGCAGGUGCAGGAGGAGUCAUCCUCAUCAUACUCCCUAGCACCGACAUCAGACGCACAAGCAGCAGCACCCAGGGUGCAGAAGCGACUGUCGAAAAAGCGACGGGAUGCAAUGAAAGCAGCGCGUGAGCAGAGGGCAUCGGGGAAGGGACCGCUGGUGGUGAAACCGCUGGUGGUGGGUGGUAAAGUGUCGGAGGACGCGACCGGCGCCGAACCGAUUUGUGACGUACCAACCCUGCUGGCGGCGGUUAAGAUCUGGUGCGACUGGUUGUCCUGCAACGAAGAGGCGUGGAACACUGCGGAGCACGGCGACAAGUACAAAUUGUGGAAUUGGUGCGAAUACGAGCCGUGGCCAUUGCUGGCGGCCCUGUUGAACCAGUUGUCCAAAAUCAAAACCAACUGGUUGGGUGUAUCAUUGAAGAAGAAGGAAGAUUACAUCCUAGGCCGUUUGCCAGAGGACAUCUUUAUGGCCGGAUUUUUGCCACUAGCGGAGUCAGUCGUCACACCCAUCUACCUCCCGGUUACGGUCGAGAUGGACAUGGAUCCGAAAACGGGCCGCGCGGUGCACGCGCUGCGCGUCUAUCAGGUCUUGCAGUUUGGCCAUUGGCUGUGCGGACAGAAGUCGUCCGUACUGGGGCUGCAAUCGUCAGGAACACCGGACACGCACUUUGUGUACGUCACUCAGCAACCGUCAAGCAGCGGUGGCGGCGACGCACCGCAGCACGGUUCCGGUGGUACCGAUGCAGCCGCAGCAUCGGAUCAGCAACCGAGCAUCGACGACGGUGAGGAGAAUUUGCGCCUCAUCGCCCGCGUGCCAGAGGAGCGUCAUCGGCUGCCGACAGUCGAGGAGGAGAACCAACCCCCGGACGCUGAUUCUAGCGAGACAAGCCAGCUAGCCCACCGUAUGCAGGAGCUCAAGCGCCAAAAGGCCAUCCAGGAGAGAUACGACCGGCGACGACAGCAACUGCUGCAACCGGGCGCGAUCAAGCCGCUGGUAGAGGUGCGCCCGAAAUUCUUGGUGCCCGAUACGAACUGUUUCGUCGAUGACCUGCGCUGCAUCAAAGCCAUCGCUAAAGCGACCAAUUUCUUCACGCUGAUGGUGCCGAUAGUUGUUUUGAGCGAGCUGCGAGGUUUGAGUAUGGGCGCGAAGAAUCGUCGGAAGAAGCUGCCGGCCGUGCACAUGGCAGCCAGCGCUGCCCGUCCCGCGCUCGGCCAGCCACAGACCACCACCGCCAAUCAACGGCUCACCACCAAUGUGAAGUCGCUGCACCACUCGUACACGGUCACGCAGAACGCAGCGAACGCGCUCGAGUACCUGAAGGAGAUGGCCGGUACCAUCCUGUUCGUCACGACCAAGGGCUCCGUCCUGCGCAAGACCAUCUUCACGACCGAGGAGGAGGAGCACGAGGAUGGGCAGCGUACAAACGACGACCGUAUCCUCGAGACUUCGCUCAAUCUGGUGGGUGCGGGCCCGUCGUCGGCGCUACCGGGAUCGUCCAGCCAGCAAGCAGCUGGCAAGCCGCGGAAGAUUGUGCGUGAAGUCGUCCUGCUGACGAAGGAUCGCAACCUGCGCGUCAAGGCGCUCUCGCACGAUGUGCCAGUGCGCGAUAUGCACGGCUUCGCUCAGUGGGCCGGCCUGCAGUUGUCUGACAACGAGUAGAGCCCCACCCUCUAUAAGCGCAGGAGUCGUCUAGCCUCUCAGCCGCGUAUGUCGAAUGAAUUGAAGCGGUUGUUGUCGGAGGGGCUUCUCGACAAUAAUCCGACCGAAGAUAGGAACCGGUGUACCCGUCGUCGGUACGCACGGGAUUUGUUAGGGGGAGGGUCGGCCCCCACCUUUAGUUUAGAGGUUAAGUCUGAAUUCAAUCGAAUUGAAUUGUCGCCAAUGAUAGCGUACGUGAAGAGUACGCGAUGAAUUUAGUGGCUGUGUUAGAAGUGUUAUUAGCGACUGGCGACAAGACGAAGAACUAUGCUGUGAUCCUGGUGUCCACUGUAGGAGCAAGGACAUUAGUUAGUGCUGCUUUGAGCGGAUAGAUAGGAUUUCUUUUCUCGUUUCUUAUUUCUUGCUCUAUUUCCAUCCGUGCCUUCUCGAUACCGGCGCUCGCGAGCUCGAAAGCAUAGCAAUUUAAGGUUUUACGUUUUGACAAACCCCGAGAGAGGGAACGGCCCACCGCUAGGAUGCUAGAGAAACGAGCGAAGGAACGAGCAAUGCGUUGACAUACCAGAUCAUCAGCCAUCAUAUCGCUCCGUGCUUUUGUGCGGUCCAUAUUUUUUCAUUCUAUUCGUCUAAUUUCCACGAGACCAGCACGGACAGCACUCGGUGCUGUUUUGAGCGGAUCGUUAGGACUUUUUUUUCCAUUACCUUAUUACUUUCAUUAUUCAAUCGGUGCCUUCUCGAUUCCGGCGCUCGCGUGCUCGAAAGCAUAGCAAUGUAAGGUUUUACGUUUUGACAAACCCCGAGAGAGGGAACGGCCCACCGCUAGGAUGCUAGAGAAACGAGCGAAGGAACGAGCAAUGCGUUGACAUACCAGAUCAUUAACAAUCAUAUCGCUCCGUGCGUUUGUGCGGCGCAUAUUUUUUCAUUCUAUUCGUCUAAUUUCCACGAGACCAGCACGGACAGCACUCGGUGCUGUUUUGAGCGGAUCGUUAGGACUUUUUUUUCCAUUACCUUAUUACUUUCAUUAUUCAAUCGGUGCCUUCUCGAUUCCGGCGCUCGUGAGCUCGAAAGCAUAGCAAUGUAAGGUUUUACGUUUUGACAAACCCCGAGAGAGGGAACGGCCCACCGCUAGGAUGCUAGAGAAACGAGCGAAGGAACGAGCAAUGCGUUGAUAGACCAGACCAUCAGCCAUCAUAUCGCUUCGUGCGUUUGAGCGGCCCAGAUUUCAUUUCAAUUCCAUUUAUUCAAUUAAUUUCCACGAGAGCACGGACAGCACUCGCUGCUGUUUUGAGCGGAUCGUUAGGACUUCUUUCAUUACCUUAUUACUAUUUUCAUUAUUCAAUCGGUGCCUUCUCGAUUCCCCCGCUCGCGAACUCGAACGCAUAGCAAUGUAAUGUUUUACGUUUUGACAAACCCCCGGAAGAGGGAAACGCCCACCGCUAGGAUGCUAGAGAAUACAAGCGAGGGAACGAGCACACCGGACCACUAGCUAUCAUAUCGCCCCGUUCGUGGGGACCAUCUUUUUUCAUUCUAUUCAGCUAAUUUCUUGCUGUAACCUUUUUUCUCUCAUUGUUGAACUCCGUUUGAAAUUAAAAGACACGGCACCGUACCAGGUGUCAGUAACUCACUGUCUUCUCAUAGAUCCGGUCAUUUUCGUUUUUUGGUUCUUAUUCGCGUUGUCGCCUGGUGAUGCGCAUUUCA